CAUAGCACUGUGGUUCUUUUUGAACGAGUAUGUCAAACGAACGGAACACAGAUACAAAUUAUGGAUUGCUUUAUGUGACUUUUUUAUUAUAAUAAAGCAACUAAUACGAUUUACAUCAACGUUUUGAUAAAAUCACAGCCAAGGUAGUAGGUGGUACGUAGGCGGGGCUUGCUCUUGUAGGCGUCGACCGCAGCUCUCCUUGAGGAAGCUCGCCCUGACGACUCAUAUUUUCCUCUAAAUGAGCAUCCACAUCCCAUAUAUCCAAUAUGGUGCUGUUUUCGUUUCGCGACAUAUCAUAGUGGUGCAGCGGCUUCGUAUAUAGAAAAAAGGAUUUGGAAAAUCCACUGGGUUUGUGAGGAAUCAUCUUUAAAAUGGCAAGAUCGCCGGAGCAGCUUCAGCAAUGAGACGGAAAUUCAGAUUAAUGCAGGCCUAAUAAAGACGUCUUCAAGAAGGCCUGUCCCUGUCCACAGCGUCCUCCUGUGAGACAGAUCCUUCCAGAUCUCCACAUCACUUGACCUUUCUCGUCUCGGAUUCUUCCAUCAUGUCCAGCCCAAGCAGCAGCCCAGAGAGAGAGGGGGGGAUGGCAGGUUCAGUUCAGCUGGAGGACCUCAACUCGCCUGCCGGUUUAGAAAUUGACCCGCCGUUUAUUGGCAGCCCGGUGCUCAGUCCAGAUUCCAGUUCCCAUGAUGCCGCUCUCUCCGCCCCUGCCGCUUCCCCAGCUGACUCCGAAAACCUCAGUCCAGAUGAGCUCGAGCUUCUGGCUAAACUGGAGGAGCAGAACAGGUUGCUAGAAGCAGAUUCCAAGUCCAUGCGAUCAAUGAGUGGCUCUCGGAGGAACAGCGGCUCCUCUCUGGUGUCAAGCUCAUCUGCCUCCUCCAACCUGUCCCAGCUGGAGGAAGACACCUGGAUCCUGUGGGGACGCAUUGUCAACGAGUGGGAUGAGUGGAGACGAAAGAAGGACAAGCUUUUAAAGGAGCUCAUCAGAAAAGGCAUCCCUCAUCAUUUCCGAGCAAUCGUUUGGCAGUUGUUAUGCAAUGCCACUGAUAUGCCUGUGAAGAAUCAGUAUUCUGAACUCUUGAAGAUGUCCUCGCCCUGUGAAAAACUCAUACGCAGAGAUAUCGCCCGCACCUAUCCCGAACAUGACUUCUUCAAAGGCCAGGACAGCCUGGGACAGGAAGUGCUGUUUAAUGUCAUGAAGGCUUAUUCUUUGGUGGAUCGUGAAGUUGGUUAUUGUCAGGGCAGCGCCUUCAUCGUUGGAUUGCUACUUAUGCAGAUGCCGGAGGAGGAGGCUUUCUGUGUGUUUGUCAGACUAAUGCAGGAGUACAGACUUCGAGAGCUGUUUAAACCAAGCAUGGCUGAGCUGGGGCUGUGUAUCUACCAGUUUGAACACUUGCUACAGGAGCAGUUGCCAGAGCUGAACGUACAUUUCCGUUCUCAGAGUUUCCACACAUCCAUGUACGCCUCGUCCUGGUUCCUCACCCUCUUCCUCACCUUCCUGCCCCUGCCAAUAGCUACACGUAUCUUUGACAUCUUUAUGUACGAGGGUUUGGAAAUCAUAUUUCGAGUAGGAAUAGCGAUAUUGCAGUACAACCAGACUGACCUCAUACAGCUAGACAUGGAGGGAAUGUCGCAGCACUUUCAGAAGGUGAUUCCGCAUCAGUUCGAUAGCUGCCCAGAUAAACUUAUCCUACGGGCUUAUCAGGUCAAAUACAAUCCCAAGCGAAUGAAAAAAUUAGAAAAGGAAUAUACUACCAUUAAGAACAAGGAGAUGGAAGAACAAAUUGAGAUUAAGAGGCUACGUACAGAAAAUAGAUUACUGAAGCAGAGGAUUGAAACACUGGAAAAGGAGAGUGCUGCAUUAGCAGACAGGUUGAUUCAGGGUCAAGUGACGCGAGCCCAGGAGGCAGAGGAGAACUACGUUAUUAAGCGUGAAUUGGCUGUGGUCCGGCAGCAGUGUCAUACAGCCAGCGAGAGUCUGGAGAAAGCACAGGAUACUAUACGUGAACUUCAGCAACACAAGUACACAGAGGAGUUUGUGAGUGGCCUGCAGACUCAACUGGAGCAGUCUCGUCUACAAGAAGCUGAACUACUUGGUGCUCUAAAAGAAAUGCAGGACAAAGUGCUUGAUUUGGAGAAGAGGAACAGUUCUUUACCCGAUGAAAUUAAUGUAGCUCAGCUGCAGGAGGAGCUGAAGCUGGUGAAGCUGAGAGAGCAGGAGACUCUGCGCUCCUUCAGAGAAAUGCAAGAAGCCGUCACUGAUCUCAACCACUGCUGGCAGCAUCAUACAUCUCGUGGAGGAGGAGGAGGUGGAGGAGGCCACUGGAAAGAGUCUCCUAAGAAGAAUGCGAUGAAUGAGCUGCAGGAUAAGCUGAUGAGUUUGAGGCUGCGAGAGGCUCAGGGUCAGGCAGAACUCAAAGAGGUCAAGCUUAAAAACCUGCAGUUGGAAAGCCAGAACCAGAUCAAUGGCAAACUACUUGGCAGACAUGAACAAGAGAGCACCAGCCUACAGGAGAGACUGCAGAACGCUCUUUCCCACAACAAAACACUACAAAGCCAGCUUAACGAAAUGAAGAGAAAGCAGGCGGAGUCUGACUGCAAGAGCAAAGAAGAGGUGAUGGCAGUGCGUCUAAGAGAAGCUGACAGUAUGGCUGCUAUGGCUGAACUUCGGCAAAAAAUAGCAGAUCUAGAAAUACAGAAGGAGGAAGGGCUGAUCCAGGGCCAGCUGAAUCACUCAGACUCCAGACAGUAUAUAACUGAACUGAGACAGCAGAUCGCUGAACUCAAGAGUGAGAUCAGGCAGCUUCGUGGACAGCCCUCCAAGUUCCAGAACAACGGCAGUGGUGUUUAUCAGGACCUGUGUCUGGAAAGCCCAGCUUCUGCAGAAGGGGAUUACCUGAGUUCAGACGAGGACCCUCUUCAGAGUCUGCCCGUGUCCAGCCUGUAUCCGAACCACUCGUCACCUCGUCUGGACAGUCAGGGCAGCACGGACAGCGAUGAUCCAGCAGGUUUCCGGUACGGGCCUCCACCGUCUCCAGUGCAGUGGUUACCUGUCAAUUCUAGAGACAUAGCAGACAUACACAGCCUCAGCAGCAGAGACGGUGCUCUGGACUGCCCUAUCGUCAGCCCAAAGUACUGCAGCUUAUGUGGCAAGGUUUUCUUGUCUCUCUCUCGGCUGGAGUCGCACGUGUUCAGGGCGCAUGGCGGACAUCAUGGACGCGCUCUCGUGUUUCGGGACAGCAAAGAUCCAGUGAUGCCGUGCAGAAUAAAGGAGCGAACGUUUGAGUGUAAGGAAUGCGGGAAGGUUUUCAAGCGCUCGUCCACUCUGUCCACACACCUGCUGAUCCACUCAGACACACGACCAUAUCCCUGCCUGUACUGUGGGAAGAGAUUUCACCAGAAGUCCGACAUGAAGAAACACACCUUCAUACACACCGGUGAGAAGCCGCAUGUGUGUAAAGUAUGUGGGAAAGCCUUCAGCCAGAGCUCCAACCUGAUCACACACAGCAGAAAACACUACAGACCCUACAGCUGAACAGUUACCCCCUGAUUACACACCAAGCUAAGACCUUUGUGAAUGUACAUACAGUAUUAUUAGCUUUACACGACACAAAAGUAUUAUAAAUUAUUUCUGUACAUUAAAUUACUUCCACAUCCA